UUAGAUCAAUUGCAAAAAUAAGAAUAGAACACUACAAAUAAUGAUUUUAAAGAUACAAAAUGUUGUCGCUGACGGUGACCCAAUAAACAUUGUUGAUUUAUUUUACAAUUUGUUUAUUCUAUUUUACAUCGAACAUUGUUCUUAUUAUCAGGUAAAUAACAAAAAUAAGAAUAUGUCGGCGGCGUACUCGUGCCUAGCUAUAAUAUGGCUGCACGGGGGGAAACCACGUGACGCAAGACACGUUCGCGGAACGAGCACCGACGCGUCAUUCGAUUCUCCCACUAUCCCCACUACGGAACUUGUUUUGUUUCGGACUUAUAAUGGAGGGUGCGACGGCCGUGAAGUCAGUCUUGAGAAGGCACGUACGGUGCUCGGAUCGCAGUUUCACCUCGUGUAACUCAAGUGUCACUAGUUGAUUGAAUAAAGUGUAAUUAGUUGAUUGAAUAAAGUAUUGAAGCUUACACCUGGUUUAUCACUGAUCCCUGAUAUCGUAUAUUCCGAUAUCAGAAGUGGGAUCAGAAGCAGCCCACUGAUCAAACCGAAAAAAAAGCCAUGGAGGAUCAAAUGGCCACCUUUUCAGAUAGAAUGGAGGCUGCCCUUCUGAAACUGGCCGAAAAAUUGUCCAGGCCGGUUCCCUCGGCAACGCCUGUGCCUGUGACAUUGGUGAAAUUCGACCCACAUGUACCAGACGCAGAUAUCGAAGGGUUGUGCAAAUUGACAGACAUGGUUAUAUCAUGCAAGCAGAUUGUUGGAGUAGAUUUGAUACUAGCAUUGACCAAUGCCCUGAAAGGCCGUGCAGCUUCGUGCCUGACAAAAGUAAAUCACGAGGAUUUAACUUGGCCAACCAUCAAAGACUUGCUUUUAUCAACGUUCUCCAAGCCGAUGACAAUGCAAGACCAUUUUGAUGGAGUCAUCAAAUUUCAACUGGGGAAAGAAAGUGCUGCGCAAGGAGGACUACGACUUUGGCAACUUAUUGAGAAAAUUCCCGAUGUGAAGAUGCCAGAUAAUGUCAUUACUGGCUUUACAAUAUCCGUUCUAUCACAAUGCAAUGAUGCUAUACGAAAGGAGCUUAACUCAAGCAUUGUUCAUGACAAGUCUCAAUUAUUUCGAGUUUUACGUAGUAUUUCCUUGAAGCGAAAACAGGAUGAACUGGAGGAUUCUGGGACAGAAUCUAAAAAACCACGACUAAGUGUACCAUUCCGAGGCAAUUGUAACUUCUGUGGACGUAUUGGUCAUCGAGCGUCUGAGUGCCGCAACAAGAAUCAAACAGUAAUUAAACCAGCUGGUACUUCAAUGAAGCAGAGUCAACACGGCUCGUCAUCAUCAUCCAUUACCUGUUACGUGUGUAAUGAACCGGGUCACGUUGCUUCUGCGUGCCCCAAUCGUCGUGAGAAGGUCAAGCAGGCCGAGAAGACAACGAAUAUCAAAGCUGUCAACGUGUGUUCCAAAACGGCACGUGGUACUUUGGAUAUAGAAGGUAUGUCGUUUCCAUUUGUGUUUGAUUCUGGAUCUGAAUGUAGCUUGAUAAGGGAAAGCCAAUCGCAAUAUGUUGAGGGUGAGAGAUCUCAUGAGUUGGUGACAUUUAGGGGUACUGGGCGUGGUAAUGUCUGCAGUCAUCUCCAAAUUAAGUGCCAAGUUUCAAAACAGGACAUUCCCACAAAAAUAACAUUUCAUGUCGUUCUAGACGACUGUCUGAGCGAAUGUAUUUUGUUGGGACGUGACUUGUUGGAAUCGGGGAUUUCUGUGGAGCUCAAUCAGGAAAAUAUUUUGUUCAAAGCAAAAGCUAUUAAGAUAUGCGAGAAUACUACCCUAGUCCUAGAUCCUGAUUUGACCGACACAGAUUUGACCGGUUCGGACAAGUUACAAUUACUAGAAAUCUUUAAAAAAUAUUCAAGACAUUUUACACAGAAUUUUCCGAACACUAGAAUCACUACUGGAGAGUUGAAAAUUAAUCUGAUUGAUCCUAACAAAACCGUGCAAAGAAGACCUUACAGGUUAUCCCCGGCAGAACAGCAAGUGGUGGACAGCAAAAUUCACGACUUAUUAGACGCAAAUAUCAUAAGGGAAAGCUCGUCUCCAUUUGCUAGCCCUAUCUUGCUGGUGAAGAAAAAAGAUGGCAGCGACCGUAUGUGUGUGAAUUACCGUGAGUUAAAUAGUAAUACUAUUCCCGAUAACUACCCUUUGCCACUUAUCAAUGACCAAAUUAACAAACUGCAUGGUGCCCAUUAUUUCUCUACUAUCGAUAUGGCAUCUGGAUUUCACCAGUUGCCUGUCCAUGAAGAGUCUAUAGAAAAAACUAGCUUUGUUACCCCUACCGGGCAAUAUGAAUUUCUAACUAUGCCGUUUGGUUUUCGGAAUGCUCCCCAUGUAUUCAAUGACUAGCUGUUGCCCGCGACUUCGUUCCCGUGGGU